GCUCCCAGUUCCAGAAGAGACUCUAAUAGGAGUAUAUAACAACAAUACUCGGCUUAAGAAAGAGAAGAUCAAGUCUGGAGGUUUUCUGACUACAUCUGAAAUUGUAGGGAUGAUCAAUUUGUUUAAGAAACCUUACAAGAAAAGGGCAGGCAAAUUCCAGCCUUUCAAGAAGUUUUUUGGUAAAAGGAAAAAGAGAGACGCAACAUCAGACUGUGAGGAAGCCAAAUUGAAACCCAGCCACUCUUUCGGGAAUGUAUGCAAUGGCCUCUCUUCAGAUGAAGAAACAAACAAUGGUUUGAGGUCCUCCAACUAUACUAUGGGCACUCGAGCCUUUUCCCAUGACAGUAUUUUUAUACCUGAUGGGCAAGCAGAGUGUGAGCAGGCAGUCCAAGCAAUGUCACAGGACAAAAUCCUAGGCAAAGUCAAAACCCUUCAGCAACAGUUGUCCAAGACUAUUAAAUUUGGACAACCACCACAAAUGACAAUUUCUGAGAGGACAAUGGAGGAGGCAAAUGCUAGUUUAGAAGAGGACUUAUUACUCAGUAGCCCAAUGGAGAUUGAGACUCAACAGGACACAGUGCUCUCGGACAGUGAUAAUAAAUUAAGUGACACGCCGGAUUCAUUAAGCCCUAUGCAUGUGCCUGGGACAGGACAUGAAGUAGAGAAGAAGGUCACUCCAGUCAAAUCGUCUCGGUCAAAAAGACACAUUUCCUCUGGUGGCACAAUUGAAUCGAUCAAUCUUGAUGCGGUCCCCCGGGCAGUCGCUCGUCUGGACAACAGUGCGGCUAAGCAUAAGCUCUCCAUAAAGCCAAAAAAACAGAGGCUGUCAAGAAAACACAGAAGUUUAACAAAGGAGUCACAAAGCAUAACAGUGACAGAGUUUGAGCAAGAAAACCCAGAAACCCACCAGUACAGAGAGACAUACCCAGAUGACAAUGAACUAAUUGGCACAGCUAAGCCAACCCAGAACAAAGUGGGGCAAAAGCAGCUUGAGUUAGCAGAUGAGAAAAGAAAGCAAGAAAAUCACUGGAGAAUGCUUGAGACAAAAGAGAAAAGACAAAUGGCAGAAGCAGAGGAAAAAAAACAUCUGGAAGAACAAAGAUGCCAGGAAGUUGAAGAGAUGCAAAGUGAACAGGAGAGAAGGCAUUGUGAGGAAGAGAAAAGGCAGCAUCUCCUUGAGGAGGAGAAACAUUUGAAAAGAAAAGAGCAGAGGCACCAGGAGGAGCAGAAAAGACAACAAGAAGAAAUGAGACGACAGGAACUGGAGGAGCAGAAAAGACAACAAGAAGAAAUGAGACGACAGGAACUGGAGGAGCAGAAAAGACGACAGGAACUGGAGGAGCAGAAAAGACGACAGGAACUGGAGGAGCAGAAAAGACGACAGGAACUGGAGGAGCAGAAAAGACUGGAAGAACUGAGACGACAGGAACUGGAGGAGCAGAAAAGACUGGAAGAACUGGAAGAACAAAGACAAGAAUUUGAGAAAAGGCAUCUUCAGGCUGAACAGAAGCUGCGGCAGGAGGAAGAAGCUAAGAGACUGGAAGAACAAAGCCAGCAUCAGAAGGAAAAAAAGGAGAGACGAGAAGAACAAACUCUACUAAAACUGGAGAAGCAAAAGAGACAAGAAGAACAAAGAAGACAUGAACCAGCAGAACAAACGUACCUGGAGAGUGAAGAGAGAGAACAACAGGGGAAAUUUAAAAUAAGGCAAGAGGAAUUAAAUGAACAAGGACUGAAAGAACAGACAGAAAUACAUGUGGAUGGACAACAGCAUCUGGAAAAGCAAAAAGAACAAGAGCAAGCCAUAAGACAGCAACAUGUCAAAGAAGAAGUGAGUUCUGUGGAUGCUGGUAGGGAAUCCAUGGAGAAGCAGCUUCAAGAAGAAUCAAACCAACAAAAAACAAAACAAUCACAGAAAGGGAAAGAAACAGUGCAAGAAAAGCUAACACCAAAGCAGAAGAGAGAAGUCGAAGCUCAGGAGCAGAAGAUAGGUGAAGAACUAAGAUGGCAGGAAGUAGAUGAAAGGCAGGCUAUGCACAGACCAUUCACAUUUCAAGUGUCAUCGGGAGAGAAACAGAUCAUAUUUCAGAAAGUGAAUUUGAGCCCUGUUACUCCUGUCAAAGAGGCAGCACACCAUUCUGCCCUCAAAGAAUCCAAGACCCACAAAUUUAGCAAAGGUUCUACUGUACUCCCCUACUCUUUGAGUGUCCCACACACAGCUAUUUUGGUUACUGGAGCACAGCUUUGUGGCACUGCCGUAAACCUGAAUCAGAUCAAAGAUACAGCUUGUAAAUCUUUACUUGGUUUGACAGAAGAAAGAAAAAACCUGGAUAUUCCCACACCAGAAAACACCCAGAAAACUACUCUUGAUCCCAAAUCUAGCUGCAGUAAAAUGAAGUAUACACAGGAGACAUUGAACAACCAGGACAUAUUAGCUGAAUGGGCUUCUAUUAGAUCUAGAAUGCUAAAGAGUGCAGAAAACAGCAAGCUAAAUGAAAAAGACCGAGUAAGUGUCUGUAGAUACAGUGAUGACUGGACACCCAAAGGACGUGGUGCUUCCCAUGGCAAUUUAAGGAAAACCCUUUCUGCAAACGCAAAAUUUUCCAUAACACCAGCAUGGCAGAAAUUUUCAGAAACCUCAAAAGCCAAUGCAGACGCUGAGAGUGCAAGUGGUGCAGAAGGUACUGAACCAGAGAACACAAGAAAAAAGACAGAUUCAUCCAAUGAUGCAAAUGAUGAUGUGGCUGCUCACAAUGAGACUCCAGCUUGUAAAGAUAAUGCAACUGAAAUGGCUACAAAGAGGGAAACACGCCUUGAAAUGGCAAACAACACAGAAGGCUAUAAGUUUGCCAAAGAUCUUCCAUCUUUCCUUGUUCCAAGCCUCUCUCAUUCUCCAGGAAAAGAACUGCCCCAAUCAGAAUCUCCAGCUACUUUGGAAAGUCAGCAGAACACUGGUACAAGAAAACUGGAUAAAACAGCACCACAUGAAGAAGAAAAUGUUUCUCCAUUUGGGAUAAAGUUAAGAAGGACAAAUUACUCCUUGCGUUUCCACUACGAUCAACAGGAGGAGCAAAAGAAAAAGAAAAGAUACAGUGCAGGAGAUAGUUUUGAUGGUGUACCUGCCCCACUAGUUACAACAGAAAGUGGAAAAGAAACCAUUAAUACCGCUCUAAAAGACAGUAUAUCCUCUAGCCUAGAGAGAAGGGAUGCCACUGUUAAUGUUUUAAAAGACUCUUCAAAUAAUGUUUCGGAGAACUCAGACACAACAGUUACACUGUUAUUCCCAUCGAUCAACAGCCAGAUUCCGUUACCUAGUCAUGAGAAACCUGUGUGUAAAUCAUCACUCCAACAGAAACCUGCAUUAGCUCCAAAGCCCACAAACCAGACCCCGCCAUCCUCUCCUCUCUCUAAAAUGAAGAGAUCAAACUUAGCUGACACGUUAGGUCAAAGGGCGGCUAAACCUGAGUUAGACACCACCUGGAAAAAAGAAGACAGUAAAGUGAACAUGGUGCACUCGCCAGCACAGAAUGAGAACAAAAAUGAAGAGGAAGAAACCAGAGAAAAGAAGUCAUUUUUCCCAUCUAUCACCAUGCCAUGGAGAGAGAAAGCUGACAAAAAGCCUGAGCCACUGAAAAAAGACAAAGGCAAUGCACUAGAGCUCAUCUACCUGGAUUUCAGUAAGACAUUUGAUACACAUGAGAAAUUAUUAGUGAAAUUGGAGAGGAUGGGGAUUAGUAUGAGAAUUGAAAGGUGGAUAAGGAACUGGCUCAAGGGAAGACUACAACAGAUCAUACUGAAAGAAAAGCCAGUUCUCCAGAGCAGGCAUUCUUUAGAUGGCUCCAAAUUGAUGGAAAAAGUUGAAUCUGCACAACCGCUGUGGAUUACAUUAGCACUACAAAAGCAAAAGGGAUUUCGUGAGCAGCAAGCUACCAGAGAGGAGAGGAGACAAGCCAGAGAGGCAAAGCAGGCUGAGAAGCUCGCUAAAGAUAAUGCCGCCGUAAGCAAUCAGUCAGAUAAUAAAGGCAGCAAUAUCAGCAAAACAAGUGUAUUGCAGAAACCUAUACCUCAGGAAGACGAGAAGAAAAUUGAGAUGGCUGUGUCAAGACUAGAACGCAGAGAGCAGCUCAAAAAGUCCAAUACUCUUCCUACUUCUGUGACAGUGGAGAUUUCAGAUUCUGUUCCAUCAACUCCUUUAGCAAAAGAGGUUACGAAGAGAUUCUCUACUCCUGAUGCUAACCCUGUGUCAACAGAACCAGCCUGGCUGGCCCUAGCCAAGAGGAAAGCAAAAGCCUGGAGUGACUGUCCGCAGAUCAUUAAGUAAACUGUAACCUUUUUGCUCUUUACAUUUGUUUCUUAGUUGUUUUCUCCUUUUUAUUGAUUCAACUUUUUACACAUGACAAAAUAAACUGAACAAAAUUUAAAUGCAUUUCCUGAAGGAUUAAAAACCUAACUGAUCACCAUUUCGCUCUAGCUCACUAUAGUGUGUGCUCACAUCAUAGAUCCUUUUGCUUUGAAAAACUAGGUAGAGAGUGGGCCCAGGCAUACAGUUCAGAUCCAAUUUCUCAAAAUUCAGGGCUGCUCAAAUGUGAGAUUUUGGUUUUGCCCAGUAUAAAAAAAGAGAGGCCAAAACUUCAGAUCAAAAGCUCUUUAAAAUUUUGUUAGCAUUUGAGUCUGAGGUUUUGGAUCUCUAGUCUCCAUGCAGACAACGAAAAGAUUCUAGCCACUCUAAUACAAAAAAUGAAUGUGCCCUUGUCUUAGCCCCAAUGGUCGCUUUUGAACUCAAGGUUUGAUGCAGUUUAUUUGCAAUUUGAAAACCUCUCUAAGGCAUUUUGGGAGACUUCUUCCCACCUGCAAAUGAAGUGGUAGCAUCCAAUUACUAAGGCAUUAUUGUCUUUCAUGCUGGGGGACUCAACACAAUCGCUGUACCUCCCUCCUCAAAAAGAGGGAAUGAUCUGCCCAUCAUUCUAGUUAACAUAUUCAUAGGGCAACCAAACAAAAAGUCAUGGAGCAGGGAUCCAAAGGGUUUCUCCUGUUCACUCAGAGGCAAUGUCAAUUAUUAGAUUGCAAGUGUGCUCUGAGCACAUGGAUGCCUAGGAUCCUAUUCCUACAAAUAUCUGUGUCCAUGAGUACCUUUACAUACCUAAGGAGUCUCCGUGAGUUCAAAGGGACUGCUGACACGUUUAAAGUUAUUCAUGUGUAAAUAUUUGCAGGUUUGGGGCCUAAAAGCUUAAAAUCAGAAAACCAAGACCCUGGGAUCCUCAUGACAAGGUGGUAACUUAAAAACUUAUUUAAAAUUCAGUUUCCUGAACAAAGAAUAAAAUGGGUUCUGACUUCUAAUUCUUGCUAAGGUUGUUCCCUGAGUGACUUUAGUAUAAGGAAGGUAAACAAUUUGUCUGGACAACCCAGCUGUAAAAUUGAGUAAAAAAUUUACUUCCUUGGGGGGGUGGGAGGAAGCAGUUGUUGCAGCUGAACUUUAUUAAAAAAAAAAAAAUGUUCUCCAUGCAGUUAAAGAUUAAAAAACAUUUCCACUUUUUUUUUUUUAAAGUAGUCUUUAAAAUGUAAUAAAAAAAUAUUAGCAUCCUUAAGUUUUCUACCCAGGAAGUUAUGCUUUUUUUUUAAAAAUGGCUUUUUACACAUAGUAAGUACAUCAACAAAAAGCAAGCUUCAUCUUCCUAAAAAAAAUUCCUGUGUUUUCAAUGAACUUUGCAUAUUGCUGCAAAUCCUCCCCUGUUUAAACAUGUGUUUUCUUGUGAGUCAUAAGCUAAGUCUACAGCAUUUUAAGAGGAGGCAUUUCAAUAAGAAGCGAGGAGAAAUUGCAUUACUACAGCAUAAUGUAUCUGAUAACUUCAUAUUAUUACUUUUCUUUAGCCAAAUUGCUGUACAUCACACAAGGAGGGGAACACAGUGUAAAUAAAGCAGAAAACAAUGAACCCUGUACUGUCCUCCUUGUUCUAAGAACUGAAAAAAAGCUAGUCAGCAAAAGUUAUUGAAUAGACUGCAUCCUAUGUAGGAAACAAAGGUUAAGCAGCACAGUUAAAAUAGCACAAACACAAAAGACACAUGAGCUUCACUAGAGGUGCAGCUCAAAAUAGGUUUGUUCUUGUGGCUCUUGCACAAUCAGUGUUCCACUCUGUUUCAUAUUUAAACUAGAACAUUUAAAAUCUUGACCCUUGUUCCUAACACAUUAAGUAUUUAAAAAUUUUAUACACAGAGGGACAAGUGAGCUCUCUGGUACCUGCACACAACUCCUAUGGACUUCAAUGGGAGCGCUGUGAGAUUAUCUGAAGGGGGGAUUUGGCCCAUAAUAUUUGUGUGUUUAAUUAGUCCAUAAAGUAGCACUUCUUAAUGUACAUUUAUACCAUAUCUGGGUUUUGAAGUGUGCAAAAGAGUUGUUCUUGUAAUUAUAACUCUAACCUAUAAUCCAUCACCAGGAUUUUGGAUGCAGGUGGGGGGGGGGGGUCGGGAAGGAGAUGCAGGAGGUUGGUGGGAGCAGGAGAACAGGCCAACCACAAAGGUAGAGAAAAAAAUAGUCAGGAUCAAAGAAAUGAAAAGCAUGUUUAAUGAUUUAUAGAGCAAAAAGUAGGUGCUAUUGUGCAUGACAAAAUGAACUGACCUACCAAAACAACACUAGACACAUUUAUAGCACACAAACAGUUUGAAUUGAUUAAGGAUGGUUGUAAUCUAAAGUUUCAAAGCAGAGUCUUUACAAGUGUAGGGUAUCUAGUAUACUAAAAACUGCACUCAGUAUGUACAGUACUUGCUUGGAAAUACUUCUAAAGUCUACAUGUUCAACACUGACAUUUCAUGUAACAUCAAUACAGAAAUUUGCACUAAACACCUGUGAAUUGUUACUUUGCUUUAGCUUUGUUGUGUCUUCUGAACAAAUUGUCAGAAUUCUGUAAAGUAAAAAAUUGUUACUACUGAAUUUAUUCAAAGCAGCAAAAAUGUUUUAAAAACUGAAUAAACCACUAUGUAGAAGGUCUCAAUUUUUUUGUAAUUUAUAAACACAAAAUACCAUUUCUUCUGCACAGGUUAUAUAUGAUUAACCUCAAUGUUCAAUGUACAAAAUUAAUAAUUGUGAGGUUUUUGUUUUCUGUACUUUUUUAAUUUUUCAAAUGUUUUAAAGUGCAAUUGUUUCUUAUACUAAUGUCAUUUUAAUUCCUAUAAAAUUAUAAUCCAGUCAAAAUGAUCAGAUGAUGUAUGCAUUCACGGUCUCCUUCUGUUAGUGGUAUAGGUCAGAUUUAUUUAUAAAUAGAAUUUUUAGUGCUACAGGUGUCAUGCUAUGUGUUUUUAUCAACAAUAAAAUUGUGUAACAAAACCUA